CGAAAGAAUAAAAAUAAUACAAAAUCUGUAGAUUGUAGAUCAAAAUUCAAAUCUAAUUUUCAUUUCAUAUUAUUUAAAAUUUUUAAUAAUUCUCUGAAAAUUGAAAUAUUUUACGUAAGUAAACUCAUAUUUUAAUAUUUAAUAAAUUCAUUCAUUUUCUAUUUGAUUUUUAUUUUUUAUUUGUAUUUAAUGUUAUUUCUAUAAAUCGUAACAUGUUUACAUGUAUUAGAUUAUCCUGUUUGUUCGAUAUGGAGGCUUCUCUCGAGUGUACAGAAAUUUGUGAAGGAAGAGCCAAAAUUCGGGUACCUGGUACUAGUAAAGUGUUUUAUAACCCAGUACAAGAAUUUAACAGGGAUUUAAGGUACAAAUUAUGUGUAAUAUGAGUUAUUUAGAACAUACAUUUUUAAACAAAACUCUAUAUAAAAUUCUAAAAGUAUCAAUACAUUUAUAUAACUGAGUAUAUUAUAUUCAAAAAUAUAUUGUGAUAGAAGUUUUUCUAAAAUGAAAUUCAUAUGUUAGAUUACUUUUUUUAAUUUGUUUAUUUUUUAGAGAAAUAAAUAUUCAUAUACCUACCUAUCCAUAUUUUUUUGUAGAAUGUAAUUCUACUAUAGAUAGUAUUUAAAAUUACAUGUAUAUUUAAUUUCCUCUAAUGGCUUAAUAAAAUAAUUAAACUCUUAAAAAUAUUUUAAAAGAAUCAUUAAGCAUUCAAAUUUUAACUGAAGUUCUACUCAGAAUUGUUUUUAAAUUUUCAUCUCUAAAAAUUUUGAUUGCAUAUUAAAAAUUGUAUUGAUAUUUUUUGCUAAUAUAAAUUUAAAAGUAUUGUUUUUUGUUUAAAUCAUUAAAAAUUAUGUAUUUAAAAAGAUCAUAACACAAAUAUUAUUAUAUAAAAUUAAUAAUUUUAAUUUUGUGUAUCUCAGUAUAGCGGUCUUAUCAGUAUUUUCUGAAAUUCAUCACAGUGAAAAACAAAAAACUAAAAAAAGACCAAGAUCGCCUAACAAUGAUAAUAUAACAGAAAUUGAGCCUGUUAAACUAGAAAUUGGAACAUCAAUUGAGGUACCUAUGUUUAUUCAAACUUACUUAUUUUAAUAUAAAUUAUUGUAAUGAGUUUAUUCAAUUUAUUGGAAAAUAAAUUUGUUUUAUUGUUUAUAGUCAGGCUUAGAAAUCUUAGAGGCAUUAGCAGCGACUGGUUUGAGAGCUAUUAGAUAUGCACUUGAAGUUCCAGGUGUUAAACAAAUAUAUGCUAAUGAUAUAUCAAUUACAGCUGUUAAUAUAAUGAACCAGAAUAUUACAGAAAACAAUGUUCAAAAUUUAGUUACGUCCACUCAAUAUGAUGCUGCGUAAGUUUUGGCUCAUUAUCAUUUUGAAAGUUGGUAAAAUUAAAUAAUAUUAUCUAUGAAAUAUUAUAAACUGAUGAUAUUGUAUCUUUUUAUACAGACAUGUUAUGAGAAAAAGACAAUUUGAGUCUAAAAAAAAGUUUGAUGUUGUUGAUUUGGAUCCUUAUGGAUGUCCAACAAAUUUGUUAGAUGCAGCAGUUUGCUGUCUUGAAGAUAAUGGAUUAUUGUUAGUUACCUGUACUGACAUGGCUGUUUUAGCUGGUAAUACACCCGAAUCAUGUUAUGCUAAAUAUGGUUCAGUAUCUUUAAGAUCACCAGCUUGUCAUGAAAUGGUAUUAAUUGUUUUUGAUUGCAUAGUUAUUUGAAUUGGUUUUUGAUUCAUUUUCAUUUUAACUAUUAUUAUAUUUUAGGCAUUACGAAUUGUUUUGCAUACAAUUACUACCGUGUGUACUCGAUAUGGCCGAUAUAUGGAACCAUUAUUAUCAAUAAGUGCUGACUUUUAUAUUAGGGUAUUUGUAGUAAUACGUACUAGUCCAUUUAUUUGUAAAACAAUGUCUAGGUGAGUUAAUACAAUUUGUUUGAUUUCUAUAUUUUAAAACAAAUGUAAAAUCUUUAUUUAAAUUUUAUCUGAAACUAAUUGCAGUAAAAUUGCAACAGUGUAUAAAUGUAGAGGGUGCAAUAUGAUAACUUUUUUGCCAUUGGGUUCUUCUUCCAAGUCAGAUUCAAAUAAUAUGAAGUUCACGCUUUUGUCCGGUCCACCAGUUGACAAGAAAUGUGAACAUUGUGGAUUUCCUCAUCUGGUAUGUAUCAAAAUUAUUUAUAGUUUUUGUAAAUCAAAAUGACAAAUAUCAAAGUUAAAUAUUUAUUGCUUUUAGAUAGGAGGACCUAUAUGGAUAGGUCCUCUGUACAAUACAGAAUUUCUUAGUAAAUUAUGCAACUAUAUAAAUAAUGAUGAUGCUGAAAAAAAAUUUAAUACCAUUAAACGAAUGAGGGGCAUGUUAGGUUUGAUGCUGGAAGAACUACAAGACAUUCCAUUGUAUUAUACUGUUCCAUCACUUACCAACACUGUUCAUUGUGAAGCGAUGCCUUUAAGAUACUUUUUGUAUGUUUAAGUUUGUUCAAUUUUUGUAUGAUAUAUUGAUAUAUUACAUUCUAUUACUACCUUCACGUGAAAACAGUAAAUAGGUAUUUGCAUAUAAAUGUUCAUUUUUUUUUAAAAGUAAUAUUGUACAUACAGGGCCAUAAAAACAUAGUAAACUAUGUAGUGGCUUUUAGAGGUGGACAAAUUUAAAUAUUAGAUGUGACAAAUUAUAUAUAAUAUUUCAGUGUUUCCUAUUUUUUUAUUUUUUAUUCAAGUCUCCCUAAAAAUUGGAAAAUUAUUUGUGCUUAUGUAGGUAUUUAGCAAAAUUUUGUUAAUUAACAAAUUCAGUGGUUUAAGUUAGUUUAAUAUUUUACAAUUAUAGUAGAGAUUUAUAAUGUUAUUCUGCUAUUUCAUUUACUUGAAAAUAAAUAUUUUUAUUUUAUACUAUAAAUUAAUAAUUAAUACAUUUUUAGUUCUGCAUUAGUUGGUGCUGGAUACCGUGUGUCUUCAUCUCAUUGUGCACAAAAUAGUGUGAAAACUGAUGCACCUCAAUCCGUUGUUUGGGAUGUCAUAAGGACUUGGGUUCAAACGCAUCCAGUAUCUGCAAAACGAUUACAAAAUUCAGCUGCUGCUAGACAAAUUUUGUCUAAAGAAUCUACAACUGAAAUAAUUUUUGAUAAAAACUACAAUAUAGUUCCAAAAUCAUUACAAGGAUUAGUACGAUACCAACAAAAUCCUGCACGCUUUUGGGGACCUGGAACUAAGGGAAAUUCAAAGUAAUUAUUCUUUUUGUUUUUUAGAAUUUGUAAAAUAAUAAUCCUAGGGGGAAAAUAAUCAAUUGAUUAAUUAAAAAUUAUCAGUUUAAUAAUAUUAUAAAUUAUAUUACAUACAAAUAGUGUAUCACAGAUUCCUUGUAUUACCCCAGAAUGGAAUAUAAAUAUGAAAUACAUGAAGUAAUUUGGUUUUAGAUUCUGAGCAGAGUGAGGAAUUUAUUGGUUUUACAAUGAUAAUUUUUUUUUUUGAGAAUAACUUUUAUACUAAAAAUUCAGCUCCAGUUUUCAAGUGUAGCACUUCCUAAAAAGAAAUCUGACUAAUAUGAUACUUUAGGGAGGUCAUUAUUUGAUUUUCCCUGUGGUUUUCAUAAUAAGGAGAAAAUUCACAAAAUGUAUAUUUUCAAAUAGUAAAUAUUGUAACCUUUUAAAACUUAUAUAACCUAACUCUGCUCAUAAUUGUUUUUUGUUAGCAAGAUUAAUCAUUGCAUAUAGAUAGUAAUUAUUACAAAUUUCCUUCCAUCUUUCCAACCUCUCACCUAUAACAAUGGCUCACCCAUCAUGCUAAUUAUGUUCGUUUGUUUUGUUUUUUAGAUUUUCUAAAAAAGUAUUCAGAAUUUUGCUAUUUUAAUACUUAAUUGAAGUAUCUUUGAAUAAUUUCUAAUAAUAAUAUGGGUAAUUUAUUCAAUUUAUUGAGAAGGUUGUGAAUAGGUUUGUAAAUUAAUCUAUUGAUUAUGAGUUAUUGAUAUUGAAAGUAAAUCUAAUUUAAUUUCUCAUUAUUAUAAACACUCUUAUUAUUUCAUACCAUUAUGGUAUUCAACUACCAUUAGUUAAUUUUAAAUGCAUUUCACAUUGACAGUUAAAUACACAUGGUAUAUGAAAAGUUAUUUAAAUAAUAAUCUAUACAUUUAUAUUUCACAAUAACCAAAACAUAUUAUAAUAUGUAAUUUUUUAGUCUUAUAAAUAUUAUAAUAUUAUAUGUGUUUGUAAUUUUAAUGUAAAGUAUGUACAAAAUGUUUUUAGAUAACUAUUGCUAUUGUGCGUAUUGUUAAUUUUUGCAGUAGUAAGUUAAUAUAAUUGUUUCAGACAGAAAACUUCAGUGGUCGGAUCUAAUACUGAAAAUAAUGGAAUUUCAAAAUAAUUUCAUUUUACACUCAUUACAAAUAAAACAUUUACCCAUUGGUUACAACUUGUUAUUUAUUUUUUAAUAUCAACACUUAUUAAAAUUAAUGUGUAUUGUGUUAAUUUAUGGGAUUCAUGGUUACUUUGUUUGUUAAAUACUAUUCAUUACCAGCUAUAAGCGUAUAUAGUUCUCUUUCAAAUUAAUUUUAUUUAAAUAUUUUGAGACGAUUAUUAUUAAUUUUUGAUAUCUAUAUUCAUGGUCUGGUACACCUAUACUGUUGUUUUAUGUAUAUUUAUUGUAUAUAUAUAUAUAUAUAUAUUUAAUGUGUUUAUGUAUUGUUACAAUUUUGGACGUUGAAAAACUGCAGUUACAUACCGAGUAGGUGUGUAGUGUGUACAUUGUAUUGUGUUUAUUUGAAAUAAACAUAGUAAUAGAUAAAUCAUUUAAAAGAUGAUUGUAUGACAAAAAAAUAUAUUUUAAUUGGUACAAAAAACCUAUGCCUUUUUUAAAAAUAAUAUUUCAUGAAAUUAUUAUGUAAAAAUAAUAAAAAGUAUUUUGAAAAACAUUAACAUUAUUCGUUAUACCUAUGUUUGUCUAAUA